AUGGGCGACCAGACCAACCAAACUCAGAGCCCAUCGGGCCAAGAGGGCAGACGUCUUGACAGAAUCGCCGAACAAGUGGAUUGGUUCAUGAGCCCACGCACACCACCGGUGCCCAAAACCAAACGAUAUAGCUUUGUCCCAACGGAAUCCGAGGAACCCAGCAUACCAAAUGCUGCACAAGAUCAAUGGAUGCGAGCAAAGGAAAAAGCCCUUGAGAUCGCGAAUGAAGAGGCGGGUAGGCCACAGGAUCCGCAGGACCACUGGCUGCGAGCCAAGGAAAAGGUAUUGGAGUCCGUGAGGCACGCUAGAGAGGUGAGAAUCAAAGCUCUUAAGAAGCCUCUCACCGACGCGUGGCGCAAACCACUCUCGAUCCCGGAGUCUAUCCCAGAGAACCAAGAAGUACACGUCUCCGACCAGCCCAAAAGCGGAGCAGACAGCCGAAACUGA